GAGAAAAUUCGACAGAAAUUGUUCAGAAUGCAAUUAAAAUAUUCCCCUUGUGAUAAGGUCCGCCUGUUGUUACAAGCCUGCAGAGGGGUUUAUAAAAGCAUGGACACACAGCAAGAUGACGCUUGUGGUGCAGAUGAAUUUCUACCUGCGUUGUGCUACGUGCUGGCGCUAUGUGAGCUGUCUCACCUUCUGAUAGAUACUCAGUACACCAUAGAACUGCUGCCACAAGAGUCUCUUAUGGGGGAAGGAGGUUAUUAUCUGACCAGUAUAUCUGCCUCCCUGUCUGUCCUAUGUUCACUACAUACUCACCCC